AUGACUUCUAAUGUUGAUGAUAUGUUUGACUUUCUUCAACCAGAAACUCAAAGUAAAGAUGAGAUUAAAGAAGAAGAAGAAAUUAAUGAAUAUAUAAUGAAACGAAGAAAAAUUAUUGAAGAUAAAUAUAAAGAUUUAUUACCAAGACCAGAAUCUACACCUAUUCUUGAAGCACAAUAUCAAGGAUGUACACAUGAAGUUGCAAUACCAGAUGGACAAACAGCUACAGAACAAACAUUGAAUCCACAAUAUCCAAGAGAACCAGCUAAAACAUAUCCAUUUACAUUAGAUGAUUUUCAAAGACUUUCAAUAUCAUGUAUUGGUCAAAAUGAAAGUGUUUUAGUUAGUGCACAUACUUCAGCAGGAAAAACUGCAGUUGCAGAAUAUGCAAUUGCUAGUGCAUUAAAAAAUAAUCAAAGAGUAAUUUAUACAUCACCAAUUAAAGCAUUAUCUAAUCAAAAAUAUAGAGAUCUUCAAGAACAAUUUACAGAUGUUGGAUUAAUAACUGGAGAUAUUACUAUUAAUGAAGAAGCAUCAUGUCUUGUUAUGACAACAGAAAUUCUUAGAAAUAUGUUAUAUAGAGGGAAUGAUGUUAUGAGAGAAGUAGCAUGGGUUAUAUUUGAUGAAGUUCAUUAUAUGAGAGAUAAAGAAAGAGGAGUUGUUUGGGAAGAAUCAAUUAUUUUAUUACCAGAUACUGUUCAUUAUGUAUUUUUAUCAGCAACAAUACCAAAUGCAUUUGAAUUUGCAAGUUGGAUAAGUAAUAUUCAUAAACAAGUAUGUCAUGUUGUUUAUACAGAUUAUAGACCAACACCAUUAUGUCAUUAUCUUUUUCCAGCAGGAGGAAAUGGGAUUUAUUUAGUUGUUGAUAAAGAAUGUAAAUUUAGAGAAGAAGGAUUUAAUAAAGCAUUAACAACACUUGGACUUGAUGCAGUUGGGAUUAAAACAACAAGAAAACAAAUGAAUAAUAAACCGGAUGUUAUUAAAAUUAUUACAAUGAUAAUGAAAAAUAAUUUAGCACCAGUUAUUAUAUUUUCAUUUAAUAGAAAAGAACUUGAAAUAAUGGCAAAAACAUGUAAUAGAAUGGAUUUAACUUCAGAUGAUGAGAAAACAAUAAUUGGAAAAAUAUUUAAUAAUGCUAUUCAAUGUUUAAAUGCAGAAGAUAGGAAAUUAGAACAAAUAACUGAACUUCUUCCAUUAUUAUUAAAAGGAGUAGGAAUGCAUCAUUCAGGAUUAUUACCUAUAAUGAAAGAAACAGUUGAAAUAUUAUUCCAAGAAGGAUUAAUAAAAUGUUUAUUUGCAACAGAAACAUUUGCUAUGGGAUUAAAUAUGCCAGCAAGAACAGUUGUAUUUACUAAAGUAAAAAAAUAUGAUGGAAAAGAAACUAGAUAUCUUAGACCAGGAGAAUAUAUUCAAAUGAGUGGAAGAGCAGGAAGAAGAGGAAAAGAUGAACAAGGAACAGUUAUUUUAAUGGUAGAUCAAAAAAUAGAACCAACAGUAUUAAAAAAUAUGAUUUUUGGGAAAGCAGAUCCAUUAACAUCAUCAUUUUAUUUAGGAUAUAAUAUGGUUUUAAAUUUAAUGAAAUUAGAAGCAGCAGAUCCAGAAGGAUUAAUUUGUAAAUCAUUUAGACAAUUUCAAACAAAUAAUAAAUUACCAGAAUUACAAAAGAAAUUAAAAGAAUUAGAAGAAAAAGAAAAAACAUAUAUUUUUACAGAAGAAAAUAUUAUAAAACCAAUAUAUCAUCUUAAAUUAGCUAUUGAACAACAUAAAGAAAAUAUUCAUGAAAAUAUUUAUCAAGAAAAAGUAAUAUUACCAUUUUUAGUUGAUGGAAGAUUAGUUCAUAUUAUUGAUAAAAAUACAUUAUUUGAUUUUGGUUGGGUUCCUAUAAUAGCAGAUAAAAAAAGAAAAGUAGGAAGUAUUAGUGUAAUUGUUUCAUUAAAAAAAGGAGCAUUAGAAAGAACACCAGAAGAAUUAGGAAAAGGAGGAAAAGCAGGAAUUACAACAUUUAAUAUUGAAUGUAUUUCAGAAAUAUCUACAUUAAGAUUAGGAUUACCAGAUAAUGUUAAAGAUAAUUUAGAUACAUUUUUAUUUAAAAUUAAUAAUGCAAUUAAAAAGAAAUAUCCAGAUUUUAAAUUACCAGUAUUAGAUCCUAUUAAUGAUAUGAAAAUUAAAGAAGAAAAUAUUAUAAAAUCAAUUAAAAAAGUUAAAGAAUUAGAAGAAAGAUGGAAAGAAAUUGAAUGGAAUGAUAAUAUUAAAAAAGAAUUUGAUAAAUUUGUUGAAAGAGAAAAUAUUAGAGAAGAAAUUAAUGUAUUAAGAAAUACUGUUAUUCAAUCAAAAGAUGUUAUAUUAAAAGAUGAAUUAAGAGGAAUGAGAAGAGUAUUAAAAAGAUUAGGAUAUGUUAGUGAAGAUGAUAUUAUUCAAACUAAAGGAAGAGUUGCUGCAGAACUUUCAGCAGGAAAUGAAAUAUUAUUAACAGAAUUAUUAUUUAGUGGAGUAUUUAGUUCAUUAAAUUCAAAACAAGCAACUGCUUUAUUAGGAUGUUUUGUAUUAGAUGAAAAACCAAAAGAAUCAAUUCAACCUCCAAAAGAUUUAGAAGAAAGUUUUGCUCUUAUUAUUACUAAUGCUAGACGUAUUGGAAAUAUUAUGGCAGAUUGUCGAUUAAAUAUUAAUGUUGAUAAAUAUAUUGAACAAUUUAGACCAACAAUGUUACCAAUUGUUGAAUCAUGGUGUGAUGGAAUGACUUUUGCUCAAUUAAUUCAUGGAAGUGAAUUAUUUGAAGGAAGUAUUAUUCGUGGAAUGAGAAGAUUAGAAGAACUUUUAGUUCAAAUGACUGAUGCAAGUAAAUUUAUGGGAAAUCCUGAUUUAGCAAAGAAAUUUGAAGAAGGAAUCACUUUAAUUAAGAGAGAUAUCAUUUUUGCUGCUUCUCUUUAUAUUUGA